AUGUAUUCCCCCUGUAUUCGAUGGUGGGGCUCCUUCCUCUAUAUAUCCUUUCGCCGGAACCAAGUUUUGAACCGCUGGAGCGGCAUCAGGCGUAAGCUAUGUUUCUCUUUUCUCUGAUAAGUAGUCAUCUCCCCUUCCCUUGUUUGUUAAUUCUUUAUUAUGCGUUUAGCUUUCUGGAAAAAUACCAUUCCUAGUGUUUGCCUGGUCUUAGCGAGGGAAAAAGACGAAAAAAAAAAAAGAGUUUUUAUUUUCUUUUCUCUAUUUUGUCAUUUGAAAAAAAAAACCAUCAAAACAAAGGAAGCAAGUCAGCUUCUUGGCUGGAUCCGAUUGCUAAAAAGCGGGCCAGGCAAUUAAUUUCAAAAAAUCUUGCGAUAAGAAAGUCGCCAGUAUCACUCGCCUGGAUCUGAUGCUUAGCUGAUUUUUCAGGCCCUUUUUCUACUGGUACAUGCUGCUGCUUUACUUUUACUCUCUUUUUUUUCCCGUUUUUCUUUUGCUUGGUAAUACUUUCUAAGGAGGAAUUGGAAUUGGGAGUUUUUGGUCUUUUUCUUCUUUUUUCUGGGAAAAGGUUGGGGGCGCUUAAGCUUGUAGGAUAGGUAGUUUGUUCGGCAAGCGCACUCUGUCCCAAAACUGUAUGCAAGUGUUUUGUGGCAAUUUCUUCGUUUGCCAAAUUAAAAAAAAGGCGGAACUCUUAUUUGAGCUCUGUGAUUCCAAUUAGCUCGUCCAUUAGAUCUUUUCUUCAAAUAGAUCCUAUGAUCUCAAUGGACACAUGGUUGGAUUACAUUUAUCCAUUCUUUUCCUUAAUCAUCAUUUGUUUCGCUGUUUGAUCAUUCAUUCUGAGAUGAGCCAAAUAGUUAUUGCGAUUGGAUUCCUUCAAGAUGGGAAUUUUGCUGCUCUGCUUAACAAACAACUUAAAGCUAACUUGAUGGCAAAUGUUUCCCACUUCCCACAAUCCCAAAAAGAGAAGGUCGGUCGAAAAUGGGAACUUUUAAUUGCUCGGUGAUGAAUCAAACGCGAAGAAGUCAUGCCGCCCGCAAUGGACUGAAUAUGAACACUAUCGAAUCCGUAUUAUACAUACACUGUACUCCACCGCGUACUCCAUUAUUACAAAGCGCGGUUGUGCUGACUCAGCACAGGGCACCAAAAUAUUUAUUUUUUUGAAAAAACUUUAAAAUAGACCAGGCAUCAUGUUGGGUGGGUUAACAGAUUUUUUUUUUGAUAAUUUUAAAAAAUGGCCAUUGGGUACUCUUCGCUGAUCAACGGCUAGAUCAUCAAUUAGUGCCCUGUAAAGCUCAUUUCUCAGAACUUUCCUAUCUCUCUCUAAGCUUGCUCUUUUUCUCCUCUCUCUCUCUCACAGAGCUUCUUCGCUGCACCGUACGGGACGCUCUUUCUCCUUUCGACUCUCUCCCCUCUACCAAAAAGGAACUCUCAUUCACAUUCACAUUCAGUAAGGUCAGCUAGAAAGGGAAUCCGUCUGCUCCUCUCGCGUCACCACAAAACACCCCGUCAUAUUUUCGAGUGUCAGGCACCACAAGGCAAACAAAUCUUGAGAUUAGGUGGAACAUGUCAAGCGAUAACUCCUUGGUAAUUCAACUUUAUUGGGGAGGCAAAAUUAUAUAUGCCGGAGGAUCAAUGUUUUACGAUCCCCCGAUGCCGAAAAAGGUUAUGUUCCUUAGAGAAAGGGUAGGCUUUAAUGAGUUGAUAGACAAAGUAUACAGCAUUAUGGGUCUAGACCAGAAUCGACAUAAGAUUAGUUUGAUAUUUCGAAAUUGUGUGCAACAUGGUGUGUUUGGUGCGAUGCCUUUGGUAGAUGAUAAUGGAGUUGAUGGAAUGUACUUUUUAAAAGCCAAAAGUGGGCAUGCCACUGAGAUUUACGUGGAGGUGGAGGAGCUCUUAGGUUUGAGACAAUGUGAUAAUCAGACCUUGCCAAUAGCAAGUCCACAUAGAGAUGUCCAACAGGCUCAAAGAGGACGAAAAAGAGGUAGUGAGCACCGUAUAGAGAAGGAUUGUCCCAGUAGUAGUCACAUGCCAACAUUGGAGACUCGUGAUUCGAACACUAAUGCAGCUACAGUGCUUGAUGCUGCAACAAAUACUGAUAUUGAGUUGGUAGAUGUGGAUGUGGACUCUGAACCAGAACCAGAGGCUGAUGAUUUUGGUGAUAAUGACCAUGAAUGUGAUACAUCUGGGCAGGCAGGCAACUCAGGCGAAGGGGCUACCACUGAUGAUCACGCAAGUCCUAGUGUAGCACCACAUCUACGUUCUAGAAGCACACUUGAACCAGAACCAGAGGCUGAUGAUUUUGGUGAUAAUGACCAUGAAUAUGAUACAUCUGGUCAAGCAGGCAACUCAGGCGAAGGGGCUACCACUCAUGAACACGCAGGUCCUAGUGUAGCACCACAUCUACGUUCUAGAAGCACACCACCUCCGCAUCCCGGUCCGAUUGAUCCGAGUGUUUUGUAUCUGCAGACGCAUCACAGAUCCACUGCGGUCUUUCAUGGCGCGGGCGACGUCCUUGAUGUGAGACGUUGUGAUAAAAAGUUUUUUGAUAUCUUUAGACAUUCUGACCCUCGAGUAUCUCACUACAUUGACAUAGCUGGUUUUGGUGGGGUACGUAGGGCGGGUUAUCUUCAGGUAAACCAUGGCUUGAUCACCGCGCUAGUUGAGCGGCUGGAGACAAGAGACACACACAUUUCAUCUUCCUGUUAUGGGUGAGGCGACUGUCACAUUGCAGGAUGUUGAGGUACUAUGGGGCUUGCCCGUGGAUGGGUUGCCGGUUACUUUGAUCCACGUUAAACGAAGUC